UGUACAUGGUUAGAUAGUGUCUUAUUAAUAAAUAAACUACAUUAAUUAAUUUGUGUUUGAAUAAUUAAGACAUCACAUUGGCGACGAGUACUUGGAAGACCUACAGUGCAAAAUUAAGCAUAACACAACUAAAAUAACCGAUUUACGAGUGAUAUAUGAACAUGAGUGAUUAUGAUAGCCAUCAUCUUUUGUUUUAAAAGUGAAGCCACCAAAUAAAGCGAACGAAUGUCGGGAGAAACAUCUUCAGAAUCUUCAACAUCAGAUGACUCAAUAAUUGUGCAAUACGAUAAGACUUCAUGGGUCUAUAAAUUAACAAAAAGUGAAUUACACACGACGCUUAACAAGUUAAACAUUGUUUUUGAUGAAAAUUCAACGGUAGAUGAACUACGGCAACUAUUGGUUGCGUACUGUAAAAACAAGCGCAAAACACAGUCCGAAGAAAAAUCUCGAAGUGCAGUAAACAUGGAAAAAAUGACAUCAAAUUCUAACCUUCAACCUUUUGACGGAAAAAAGUACGAAUGCUUUGAGCAGCAACUUGAAUGUUACAUAUCUUUAAACGAUAUCGCUGAUAAUAAAAAGGCGCCCUUGUUAUUAACAAAAUUAACACCGGCAGUGUUUGAGACAGUCAAAUGUUUAUGUGCUCCCAAGAAACCCAUUGAUCUACCGUACGAGGAGUUGACAGAAGUAUUGAGGAAGAAAUAUGUGAGUCAAAAAUUUGUAUCGCUCGAGCGCGCCGCGUUCCGUGCUAGAAACCAACUACCACAGGAAAACAUCGAGGAUUAUGUCACAGAAUUAAAAAAACUGGCUAGCAAAUGCGAUUUCAAGGAUGCAGACGACCAAAUUACAGAAAAGUUGAUUGAUGGAGUUCAGUCUAAACUAGUUAAAUUUGAACUUCUUAAAAGUGAUUCAAGGAAGCUUGAAGACAUAAUAAAGUUGGCCAGAUCAGUGGAGGUAGCUUGGCGGCAAAGUGGAGGCAGUGCGCAGGAACAUGACUCCUCAACUAUGUUCUUCUACGGUCAAUCAAACAGAAACAAUACAUCAAAUAGAAGGAUUAACCGCAGUAACCCUGUACCACCCCGCAAUUUGAAGUGUUUUUGCUGUGGGAAUACAAACCAUAUUAAAAAAGAUUGUCGAUUAUUAAAAAAAUUUUGUUCAGAGUGUGGUAAACAGGGCCACAUUUUUAAGGUAUGCCCACAAAAUCCCAGGUAUAAUCGCACAUACUUACUUCAAAAUGAGGACUUGACCAACUCUACAAAAACAGAAGGAGAUAGCGGCAGUGUUGAAGAAUCUGUCAAAGACUUAUUUAAUGAAUAUGAUGUUUAUACAGUGAAUAGGCAGAAUGUUUUGUGAAAAAGAAGUACGCAGAAGUAUUCGCAGCAGAUUGGGGCAACAGUAAUGGUGACUCAAUUACAUUAAAAUUAAAGAAAGGGGC